AUGAACGGCGGGGCCCUGCCGCCGCUGCCCCCCGCCGCUCCCCGCGGCCGCCGCCGGCCCUCAUCCCCCGAGCUGCUCCGCUGCAAGCGCCGCUUGGCCUUCGCCGCGCUACCGGGCACCGGAGCGGCGGCAGCGGCGGCCGUGGCCCGUCGGAACGAACGGGAACGCAACCGUGUGCGGCUGGUCAACAUGGGCUUCGCCGCCCUCCGCCAGCACGUCCCCCACGGAGCCGCCAGCAAGAAGAUGAGCAAGGUGGAGACCCUCCGCUCCGCCGUCGAGUACAUCCGCGCCUUGCAGCGGCUCCUCGACGAGCACGACGCCGCCGCCGCCUCCUUCCCCGACGGCCGCGGGCGGGCGGCCGUCGGGGAUGGAGGCGGCGGCGGCGGCUACUCCUCCGCUUCGCCUUCCUUCGCCUCCUCCGUGCCCGGCUCGCCUUGCUCCUCCGAAGAGAGCGGCUACGACGGGGCGCUGAGCCCCGAGGAGCGGGAGCUGCUAGACUUCACCUGCUGGCUCGGGAGCUACUGA